AUGGGUGGUUAUAGCCCUUGCGCCAAUUGGAUUAAGAAAUAUUCUUACGUUGAAAUUUAUCAUCCCAAUUCUGAGAGGACUACCUGGGACGAAGCUUUGGGGAUGGCCAUAUUAGUCUGGGCGGAGAGUAUUAGGCAAGCGGAGGGGAUGAUUAGAAUUUGGCAGAGGAGAGGGACGAGGGGGAGUAGGGGUAGAAGCAGGGAGAAUGGUUAUGAUGAGUUGAAGGUGGAAGAUGCGGGGAGUCAUAUGGCAAUUUUAAGUUUGCAUGUUAUUUGCGCUGUGGAAUUUGGAGUACCACAGCUGCGGGAAGGAGAUGAAGAAGUUCUGAGUAAUGCGGAUUCGAAGAUAGAAGGGGAAACGAUGCCGAAUUUGGGUUUGAGUAAACCAGUUGGAGAACAUUCAUUGGGAUUCAAAGAUUACAUUAACAUGGUUUUGAGUAGUCUUCUGCUCAUACGGUUAUGGCCGCAAUGGAUAUUGAAAAUUUCACCUAGAAAGCGCCAUAGACAGGUGUAUAAAGCGUUUAAAGGAACAAAUGAAUACGUUACCGGACUACUCGAACAUAAAAAAAAGCAUAUAAUAGCUGGAGAUUAUGACAAAUUUGCAAUGGAUUUAAUGGAAUCCCGAGGGAACAUGCUCAAGGCAUCCACUGAAAUUCCGAAUCUCUCUAAGGAUCCUGUAAUGUUAAAUCAAAACGAUGAUUUACCCCUCACUGAAGCCGAAAUUAAGUCAAAUGCCUUUAUAUUUCUCCUCGCUGGCCAUGAAACAACUCGAUCCAGCAUCCAACUUUGUUUCGUCUACCUAGCUAUUUCGGUGUUAUCUCAGACAUCUAUGCAGGCUGAUAUCGACUUGAUUGUCGGCUUAAAGAAGCCACAGAAUUGGACAUAUUCGCGUGAUUUCCAAAACUCGGAUACAAUACCGAAGAUUACUGUAGGUGAACAGAAGGUUACAGUUGAUUGGGUGGAGAAACUGGUGCCGGAAGGAUGUUUUAUUCAUCUGAAUAAUGUAGGGACGUAUAGGAACCCUAGGUAUUGGCCGCAUCGUGUUUUAGAGGAAGGACGCACGGAUUUGAAUGAUUUCGUACCGGAAAGAUGGCUUGUUGGGAACGUGGAAGAGCGCGAAGAGAUAAUCCAUGCUGUUGAGGAUGAAGAUGAGGAUUGGGCGAAGGAUGAAAUUGAUAAUGAGAGCUUUACAUUGUUUUAA